AUGUCCGACAAACCUAUUUUCGUCGCAACCCACCCCAGAGCUUGCUCGACGGCCUUUGAAAGGGUCUUUAUGACUCGUCGAGAAACCAUUCAAUGCGUCCAUGAGCCCUUCGGAGACGCCUUCUACUACGGACCAGAACGUCUCAGUGCUAGAUUCGCAGGUGAUGAAAAGGCCCGCAUCGAUAGUGGCUUCAGCCAGUCGACAUUCAAGACCAUCAUCGAUCGACUGGAUCGUGAAUCUUCCGAGGGAAAGAGAGUCUUUAUUAAGGACAUCCUGCAUUAUCUCUUCCCCCCGAACGGGAAGCCUGCCAGCAUCGCCCCCUCUCUGCAGAGAGUCAAACGCGGCGUCGGCACUCCCCCCAAUGGAAGGAAUGCGUCGUCGUCAACUGGUAACAAUGACGACGAUGCCGUGGAAGCUCAUCAGAACGGCAUCCACACUAAAGGGGAACCCUAUCCGUACCCAACGGACCCAGAACCGGGCAAUCCCACCGUAAUACCCUACGAGAUCCUCUCCCGAUUCCAUUUCGCCUUCCUCAUUCGUGAUCCCCAUCUCAGCAUCCCCUCGUACUACCGCUGCACGAUCCCCCCGCUGGACAAGGUGACGGGGUUCCACAACUACGACCCCUCUGAAGCAGGGUACGACGAGCUGCGUCGGGGAUUCGAUUAUCUGCGCACAGCUCACCUGGUCGGACCUCGCAUCGCAACGCGCGACGAUGACACAGUCACGCACAGAUACGACUCCGGGAUCGAGAUCUGCGUCAUCGACGCGGAUGACAUGCUUCACAAGCCGGCAGAAACGAUUGAGGCAUUUUGUCGCAGCGUCGGCUUUGAAUAUACCCCUGAUAUGCUCAAGUGGGAUACCGAGGAAGACUACCGGUAUGCCAAAGAGACAUUUGAGAAAUGGAGAGGUUUCCACAACGACGCCAUUGAGUCCAAAGGACUAGUGGCGAGAGAAGGGAAACGCCAUACCAAAACCGAAGAAGAAUACGAUGCCGAGUGGCGUCAGAAAUACGGCGACAAGGGCGCCGCCAUCAUCCGCAAGGCCGUCGAUCAGAACAUGGUGGAUUAUCUGUAUUUGAAGAAAUUCGCCCUCCAGGUUUAA